GGCUCUCCCGAGGGGCAGUCGUCGGCGCGUCUGCUUGCCGCGGACCAGCGCUGCGACCAUGUACUGGCGCCGCGCUGCUUUGGCGGGGACACGGCUGGUCCGGAGGGAUGGGGAACCACACGUCAUCUUCUUUGGGGAACACAGCAGCUGCUCCCGUGAAUCAGAUCCAAGAAACAAUUUCUAAUAACUGUGUGGUGAUUUUCUCCAAAACAUCUUGUUCUUACUGUACCAUGGCAAAAAAGCUUUUCCAUGACAUGAAUGUUAGCUAUAAAGUGGUGGAGCUGGACCUGCUUGAAUACGGAAGCCAGUUUCAAGACGCUCUUUGCACAAUGACAGGUGACAGGACUGUGCCAAGAAUAUUUGUCAAUGGAACUUUUAUUGGAGGCGCAAUGGACACUCAUAGGCUUCACCAAGAAGGGAAACUGCUUCCACUAGUUCACCAGUGUUACUUAAAAAAAAGUAAGAGGAAAGAAUUUUAGUGAUAGAGGCGCUUACAACUUUGCUAGUAAAAUGUUGGCUGUAGGUUUUAAGUGACAAUGUCUGAUAAUGCCUUUUACAUAUUUGGUAGUGUUUUAAAAAUAGGAAUUAUCUUGUUGAAAAAGUCAUAAAAAUAAUGAGCAAUAAAUCACGGUGGAAACCUUCUCUUCUUAUUUGCCAGUUCUUGAGCAAAAGGGAUGACAUUUGAAACUGAAGGAGUGGAGAUGCCUCGAAAGAUUAUGAAAGAAUGUCUUAUUAGGAAUUUAUGAGUGCAUUUUACAACCAAGAGCUAGAAAGCAAGCAUUUGGGAUUCUGUGUUGUGUCUAGUGUUCAGAAGGAAUUAAGUCCUUUCCAUUACUGCUUUCCGUGGUGAGUGCUGGAAGUAUAUUGGAUUUGGGGGAUGGAAUGAAAUUUACUCUGGAAAACCAAAUUAUUCAUCUGAUGACUAGUAGUUCUAGAUGACAAACUGCCCCUCUGGGCAGAAAUUAAAAGGAGGAAGAUUCCAGCAUUGUAUGAGGAUGAAGUUCCGAAACAAUUUAGAAAUAAGUGAGUUAGCGUGCGAGAUGAAUAGUUGUGCUUUCCAGAAUGUGAUGGAAGCUGUUGGAAAUGUUCCAUUAAGGGAUCAGGUAUUGGAAGUGUUAUAGGCUUCUACUCCCCUUGAAGGAGCUGAAACCCCAAAGCCUCUGGCCAGGUCUCACUGUAAUGCCCCUUCCUGGGCUGCUUGCUUCCUGCUGGAGAAGGAAUGUCACCCAUUCCUCACCUGGUCACCAUAUGACCUGUUUCCCAUGCAGAUAAGGUCUCCUGCCCAAGACCAAUCAGAAGACCAAACGGGGUCCCUGGUCCACAUUGUGGGGUAUAAAGGCUAUUGCACUGUGAGUCGGGCCCUCUUUUUAGCCAGGAAGCACAUGAGUCCUAUAUUCCUCUCUGAAAAUGUACUUUGCUUUAAUACAUUUGUAAAACGUCCACCAUUGCAAUGCUUUGUUAUGGUGAGACGGGGACCGGGAGACUGACAGUCACGGAAGGAGAUGAGACUGAAUGUCCCUGAAGUGCCUUCUGAGGGAGUUGUGCUUCACUUUUGUGACUGGGAAGACGAGUCAGACUGAUUUUAUUUCAGAGACUUAGCACAUAGGAUUUCUCUUACAGGAAGUCUCACUGUAGAAUAGUGGAUAGUACUUUGGAUACUCGAUUAACCAAGUCAGUAUUUCUCAUUUCCUUCCAUCAAGGAUUUUUUAAGUGCCUGAGGAGUGGUUUGUUGUUUUUUCUUGGCUUUGAGGGCCCCAGGGACAGCCUGUAAAUGUUCCCAGGCCUGGGGUCAAAUUGGAGCUACAGCCACUGCCUACGCCAACGCCACAGCCACCAGGAGCUGAGCUGCGUCUGCGACCCACGCCACGGCUCAGGGAAUGCUGGGUCCGUAGCCAACUGAGCAAGGCCGGGAAUCAAACAUCCCCAUGGAUGCUUGUCGGGUUCUUACUGCUGAGCCACAACGGGAACUCCCCCAAGGAGUGUUUUUCUAGCUCAUCCCACAGGGUCACUAGGGGCAGAUCUACCAGAUGCUGGGAAGAGAAAACUCUUCCUCAAAAGUGGAUGGGAAACAAAUUUUAAGAGAAGUGUGGUGUGUGUUCCCGUUGUGGUGCAGCAGAAACGAAUCCGACUAGGAACCAUGAGGUUUCGGGUUCAAUCCCAGGCAUCACUCAGUGCAUUAAAGGUCUGGUGUCCCCAUGAGCUGUGGUGUGGUUCAGACUCCGAGUUGCUGUGCCUGCGGCGUAGGCUGGCAGCUGUAGCUCCGAUUGGACCUCUAGCCUGGGAACCUCCAUAUGCCACGGGGGCGGCUACAAAAAGACAAAAGACAAAAAAAAAAGUGUUGAGUUUCACUUUCUGGUUAAGAUGUGCCAAAGGGGAGUUCCUCUUGUGGCUCAGUGGGUUAGGCACCCAGCGUAGUGUCCCUGAGCAUGUGGGUUUGAACCCUGGCCUUGCUCCGUGGGCUGAGGAUCUGGCAUUGCUGUGAGCUGCGGUGUAGGUGGCUCAGAUGCUGUGCUGCUGUGGCUGUGAUGUAGGCCUGCAGCUGCAGCUCCGAUUUGACCCCUUUGCCUGGUGUUGACUUAAAAUGCACCACAUGACAGCUGAGAGUUUAAGUUUUAUUUGGGGUGAAAUUAGGACUGAAGCUUGGAAGACAGUAUUUCAGGUAGCCCCGAGAAAUCCGCUCUGCGGAGGCGAGGGGGGAGCUGGGAUACAGAGGAUCGAGGUGAGGGGAGACGCCCGCGGCCACUCACGCAUUUUACAAACAUUUGCUGCUGGUCUCACGAAGGUUACUCCUGGUCGUGAGGAGCGGACCUCGCCAUGAAGGGUUCGAGUUGUUUUUCUAGAUAUGAGGAGACGCAAGAAUUGGGCUCAUAAAAUCUCCUAAAAAUAUCUAGCUAUCUGAAGGCCUGUUCCUCCAGUCUGCCCAGAGCGCAGAGGGCCUCACUCCCAGUCUCCUCCCUGGAGCUCCACCCAGGAGAUGCUGCGGGCUGCCGCUGCAGUGGUUUGUGGUUUAAUUGACAGACCACUGUAAACCAGCUAUGAUGGAAAAAAAUAAACGUCAUUAUAUAAAAAAAUAAAAAUCCACGCAGGGGCUGGUGGCAGUUGAUGGCAAGUUCCACACUCCAGUUCACACAGGGACCUUCCAUGUGCCACAGGCAUGGCAAAAAAAAAAAAAAAAAAAAAAAA